AUGGCUGAAAAACAGAGCAAGCCCUGUCAUGCCAUUGUCAUCCCUCUACCAUACCAAGGCAUUAUUAACCCAUUUGUUAACUUUGCUCUAAAGAUUGCCUCAAAGGGCUUCAAAGUCACUUUUGUACAACUUGAGUUUAUCCACCACAGGCUAUCAAAGGCCCACCACGACGGGACAGCCCGUGUCGAUUUCUUCUCGGAGGCUCGGGAAUCGGGCCUCGACAUACGUUGCGUGACGAUAAGCGAUGGGUUUCCUCUCGAUUUCGACCGGGAUCUCGACUUCAACAUGUACUGGGACUUCUUGGUUCGUGAUUUCCCGGCUCGUGUCGAUGAAUGUGUUGGGAAUGUUAUUAAGAACGACUCGAACUCGGCAUAUUUCUUGGUUUCCGAGCCCCUUUCUGCUUGGCUCGUGACCGUUGCCGAGAAAUAUAAGCUUGUGAACGUUCUUUUCUCGACCAUGGCGGCUUCUGUUUUUUGCUUGACUUACCAUUUGGAUCUUUUAAAAGAAAAUGGUCAUCUCCACAGCAAAGAGAACAAAGAUGUGGAGAUCGAUUAUAUUCCGGGCAUAAAACCAAUAAACACAAGGGACCUCAUGCCGUAUUUAGACGAGGACCACAUACUUUUCGAAUCUAUUUAUACGGCAUUCAAGGACGCCAAGAAGGCCGACUUUAUCCUUCACAACACGGUUCAAGAACUCGAACCCGAAACAUUAUCAUCACUGAACAUUUUAUACCAACCAAACUACGCAAUCGGCCCAACAUUUUUUUUCAAAAGCACCAUCCACACCAGCUUCUGGCCCAAGUCAGACUGCGCCAGCUGGCUCGCCUCCAAGCCAACCGACUCGGUAUUGUACAUCUCGUUCGGGAGCCUUGUUCAGAUAAGUAAGCACGUGAUUGAGGAAAUAGCCCACGGGCUUCUCUUGAGUGGGGUGAACUUUUUAUGGGUCGUUCGAGAAGGUGUUCUCGGUUCGAGUGAUGAUGCCACAAGUGUACUGCCCGUUGGAUUUGAAAGUGAGAUCAAACAAGGCAAAGGGUUGAUAGUUCCAUGGUGUGAUCAAAUUAGUGUUCUUUCGAGCCGAGCUGUCGGAGGAUUUUUAACGCACUGCGGGUGGAAUUCGACUGUUGAGAGCAUGUGGUGUGGGGUCCCCAUGAUAUGCUACCCAGUAGCGUACGAUCAACCCACCAAUCGGAAAUUAGUGGUCAACGAUUGGAAAAUCGGGGUCGAUUUGUGUGAUCAAGGGAUGAUAGUUGAUAGAAACGAAAUCGAUGAAAGGAUUAAGAGCUUUAUGAGUGGGGAAAUGGGGAAGGAGUUGAGGCAAGAGGCGAAGAAGGUGAAAGAGAAAUUUCGUAAUGCGUUGAGCAACGGUGGUUCGUCCGAGGAGAAUUUCGAUCGGUUUAUUAGCGAUUUGAAGGAGAAACUAGCAUGUUAA